ACCUUUAGCUCUGUCUAUUUCCACGUCUAUUUCCACCGUCUAUUUCCAUGUCUUUUUCUCUAUUUUCACGUCCACUGACACUCCAGAAGUAGUAGUUUAAAAGUUUACUUUUAUUGUAGGCCUUUUUUUAAUUUAAAUUUUUGGGCUGAGUAAAUAGACUCUACGGUUUGAUUUGAGGGUAAAAUACAGAAGAAAUAAACAACAAAGUAAUAGGAAGACUUACGUUGCUCAAACUUUAAACAGCUGAGAGGCUGUUCAUCGUUGCAGUACACAAGGGAUUUCGUCAAUGGAGUAGCAGUCAUAAAGUACUCAACAUAGUUUCUUGUUUUCACAUCACAUGAUGAAGUCAUCCCAAAGUAGCUCCACCCUCAAGGCUUACUGGCCUCCAGGUCAAGUUCAAGGACACAUUAAGUGUCUUCAGCUAUACACAGAUCAAAGAAACAAAAUAACUUCCAGCUUCCAAGUAAAUGUUUACGACAGGCCUCAUGUUGUGGUUCAAAACGUUACAUUUUAUUUUAACAAUCUUUAACCCCGUAAAGUGCAGAGAAACUAGGACAGAGCACAAUUCGGUCAUUAAAAUGGCGGACUGAGACAUUGUUGUUGAAGUGAGAAAAAAAUAAGGGGGGUGGGGGGAUGGAGUGAAUUAUGGAGGUAAUAAAAAAGUCUUGUAAUUUUAUAAUUGAAAACAUGCCAUUUGAUGAUUUUUUAAGAUGUUGUGCAUUCUCUUAUCUUUUCAGCUGGCAUUGGCACACACACACACAACAAUUGGUAUGUCUUUAAAACACUCUAUUAGAAUAAAGAAAUGACCAAAGCAUCUAAUAAUAAGCUCCCCACCAUUGAUGGUCUUUAAGGGCAAACUAAAUAAAUAUUAGCUGCCAUUUAAACAGUGGCGUAGCUAGAGGGAGGAGGGGGACGAAUUUGAAGAUCCCCUCCGGGCUCCCACUUGAGGGGGCUCCCAAAUGAGUGUCUAAAAUUUUGUUUUUAAAUAAAUUAAAUAUUACGUCACUGUCAUGUAAACCUGCAUUUCACGUUGCUCUAUAUGUUCGUGACCCUGUUGUAUGUAUUCCACACAGAGUAUUAACUCUUUCCAUGCGGGGUUACGCUCAAUUUCAAGGAGAAGCGCUGACUAGUGCCGCGUUACUUUCAGGAAGUAACUUGGUAUAUUGGCUAGUUUAUUUCAUCAUCCUUAUCAUUUAAGAAGAAACCUGAUAAGAGCACUGAAAACAAAGAAGACCAUGAACGUGUCAGAGAAAAGUCUCACUAUUCAGAUGAUUCAUACAAAGAUGCAGCAGUCGAAGAAGUGAAAAUGUCUCUUGAUAAAGGUAGUAGUGCUCAAACGUUGCAACCUCCAACCAAAUACUGCUAAAUCGGGCCACUUCAAUUCCGUUAUGUAAGAGAUCAUUCUUAAAGCUCAAGUUAAUCAAAAACUAUCCCAGGAGCACAAUGACGCAAGAAAGGCUUAGCAUGGUUUUAAUGUCUGCGGAGUCACAAAAAACUAGACAGAAUCGAUGUUGAUGCUAUAGAUGCUUUAGCUGCACAGAAAGCACGACGUGAAGCGAUAUGAAUUGAGCUUUGUCACUUGUGCAUUAUUUCGCCAAUAAACAACGGUAUUAUUCAUUAAAAGAAUCUUAAUGAUAAUUUUUUUUAAAAUUUUACUGAUAUACUGAACCAAUUUGAAUUUAGGCUUAAAUGUUAAUUAAGCUCAUUAUCUCAUGCCAUGAUGUCGAAUGUCAAAAUGCAAGGGGCCCCCAAAGAGGUCGAUCCCCCCGGGCCCACGAAUCCCUAGUUACGCCCCUGUGUCAUUACCAAUCGAGAUAGCUAAAAGAAUUUGUUUCCAAAGGGAAAUAGUCAUACUGUAUUUUUUUUAAAUUUAGAGAUGUGUGUGUGUUUUUGUGUGUUGUGAUAUCGGAGUAAAAAAAAGGUUUUCAUAGGUGCAACAUGCAUAGGCCUACAUCUUGUAUACACACACACAUAUUAUAUGGCAUUCAUUGGUAUACAUUAUUAAUACUUCUGCACCCUGUGUACCAGAUACACUAAAAAGGUUGCUAUACAUGUGCUAAUAUGUUUAUAUUGAGUAGUUACAUUUCUCAAAUGUUUUGUGAGAAAGUAGGAUGUGACGUAAUAAAAAAAGAGAGCCUUCUAUGUCUACUUGUAUAAACACAAAGUCUCUGUUAUUACUAUUGUUAUUAUUAAUUAUUAUAUUUAUUUAUCUGUGAUAACAGAACAAUAUAGGCAUUUUCCUCCAUUUUAUGAAAAUACCAGUUACAUGUAAACAACAAGAUAUAAAGGACUUUAUUAUUUUUUUGUUUGUUAAUCCUCAGAACUACGAUUCCCACAAAAGGAUCUCCUUGUAAUAUUAAUUUGUGAAUACAAUCGACUCACAGAGGCGUCAGUUACGGACAACACAAACUCCCUCGAUAAUCUUUUCUUGUGUAAAUUAGUGUAGUUUUGUUAACUAGUGGUACAAAAAAGAAAGAUACCAUACUAAAUGUUGAUUUAUCACUAGUCUAUACUAAAGUACUAAGUCUAUUCUGUUUUUUAAAUGAUUAAUUGACAGGAUUUCCUUUUAAUCUCUACCUAGUAGACCUGACAGUUUUCUCCCACUACUCUCAGUGUCCCAACAUUAUUUGAGAAUUAAAGAAACAUCUUGUAAUCUACAUUGAAACACAAAUUCCAUCUGAACAUUUCAUCAACAAAGCUAACCCCCUUUCUUUUUAAGCAGGUAACAAGCUUACCUGGACAUUAGGGAAGUUUAUGAGGGUUGUGUCUUUGUUUUUAUUUCUUUGAAACAUUGGCUAGAUUUGGCUGAUUUACACAAAAUGAACUAGUACCAGAAAUGCAAUGUUCUUUUUUUUUUUUUUAAUGUACAUGUUUUAUGAUUCUUGUACGUUGUAUCCAGGGCUUAGGCAUUCAUACUUAGUAUUCUUGGACCUUAUCCCCUCUAAUGUUAAUAGAAAAGUUUAUGUUAAGAGGCGUGGUUAAAAGAAGGUCAGUGCUGGGAUUUCCAAAAUUUUCGUGACGUCACUGGAGGGGGGUAUUGUUUUCUCUAAAACAUUAUAUGAUGAUAGGACUUUUAUCAAGUUUUAACUUCACAUCCCAUUUUACUAACUAAUGGCAUCGUUAUAAAACAAAAUAGGAGCAAAAGAGUUAAAGGGGAUAGGGGUAGAACUUUUAACUUAAAAUGUAUAAGUAGAAAGAGGACCAGUGAGUAUUUGAAGAAGCUCUCUGACUGUUAAAACAUAGAUAACCAAAUAGAAUCAGUGGUUUACAGACAUCUUUUUUCUCUUUUUCGUGGAUGUUUGCAUAAAAGUACACGAUUUAAAUUGUAAUAGUUCAUUUCAGAAAUAAGUCUACUAUAAAAGUUGACAGCUAAACAAUCGAACCAAAGUGUUACAUGUACUAUUUUCUUAUUUGGAGAAUAGUUUCAUAAUGCAUAUUUAUAUCGGAUUUCGUUUCUUAAAAUUGUGUAUAUUUACUAAGUGAUGGAAAUAUAAUUAAGAAAUCAAAGUAAAAAAAAUCACAUUAUUAUAACAUACGCCGUAAUCUUACUAGAGUUUGAAACACCCUUGAACAAAUGUCCUUUUAUAUUUGGCUAACCAAUAUUACUAUUGGAAUCCAUGUUUCAUGUCAGAAAAGAUGUGAUAGUGAUAAUUGUGUUUUGCUGUAGUUCGAUAGGAUGCUGGACUAUGGAUAUGAUUGUUUAUGCUCACUGGGACUAUCCUUCUGAGUUCAGUCGUGCUUUGUUUGUGAUUGUGUUUGGUAUAAGCACAGCUGCAGUACUGCUCUCAGUGUUUGUAUUACAAGUUUCCGGCUUGGCUAUUUGCAAUCAAAGUUGUAGAGUGAGAAAUAUAGGCACAGGAUUGUCGUACUUUUCAUUUUUUAUAAGUUUACUAAAUGGCGCGACUCUGGCAUUGUAUCAUUUGGACAUGUCUCUUGAAAAGGAUCCUGGUUACAGCGUGGUAGCUAUAGGAUGGUCCCAAUAUUGCUUGAUAAGCUCGUCCUUGUUGUACCUCACAGGAGCCUUCCUGAACAUUGCAGACUACGUAAAGAGAAACAUGUCAGUACACGUGGAGGACUGGCUCUUCAGAGAUACAGAAGCAGAUUUAGUGCAGAAAUCAGGCCCCCAGCGAAAAGUCCUGAACGACAGCCGUGAAUAUAUCAGUUCCGAAACAAAGCCUGGUCUAAGCACGUUUAAAACGGCUGUUAAAAAAGUUGACGCUGCUGUUAGAAUCGCAUCGACUAAAGGAAACAGUAAUUUCCCACGUGACGACAUCGCAAGAACGAAAACGAAUGAAAAAAUGUUCAUGAUCAGCCACUCCGGGACCUCAAACGGCAGGCUGAACAACGUCAUAUCCGACAGAACAUUUCAAAACUUCAAUAGAAAGAGCUCCACUGAUAAAAUCGAACGUUCUUGCUUAAGCUUGAGGAAUGUAGAUUCCGAGGAUAUGUCUGUUAUGAUGCCUUCAAUGGGCUCAAAUACGAUACCCAUCCACCAAAAUGAUAGGUGUGAGAGCCUUGCAACGCCUGCAGUUCACAGUAACUACCCGAAACUUGAAGGAGGUGAACGCGUGAGCCUUAAAUGUGUCUCGAAUGGAAAAAGUAAACUGAAACCUGGGAAAAACGAUCAAAAUAAUCGUCGAGGCUCAGCCGUCGAGGAAGCUCUUUUGACUGUCAGUCAUUUACUGGAUAACGCUGGAAAUAGAUCUAAUACACAACCUCAUCUCAGUGAAGCUUCUUUUUCUAAUGACUCUGCCACUUUGGAGUUGACUCCACGUCAUAAUUUCAACAAAGAAAAUGACUCACGUAGUCAACAUACUCCUGGCCACUCUCGUUUCGCACAAGUAGUUAGAAAAUACAGUCAAGCGAACAGUUGUGAGAAUAAGAUGGCGUCUUCUAGCCAAGAAUGCAAAGAGAACGUCUGCAAUUCAGAAGCGGAAGUAGAGAAAUGUAAACACCAUCUAUGGUCUGAAGAUCGCGUGAAAAGAUUGCACGUCAUGGCAAGUAUGAAGAGUAGAGACAGACCGAAAAGAAAAAUAUUGGAGUGAAGUAAAGAGUUGUUUCCCUUACGUUUCCUGACGUUGAGAACAGAACACGGUUUACUUGGAAACUCUGUGAUGACGUAGAACGAAAAAAGAAAGCCACAGAAUGGAAGAUAUAUUUUUAUUCGUUAAUUUGUGUGUGUGUUAUAUUUUGUUAUUAAUUGAAUCUAUCGAUUCACUUUUCAUUUUUACUAUAUUGGAUUUUUUAAAAAAUAUUCAAAUUAUUGCUUACAGUAUUUAAAUAACGGUCAUCAAUGUUAACUUAUUUUUACAAAGAUUAUAUCAACUCAGCACCAUCACUUGGUAAAAAGUUUGUGCACGUUAUUUAUCCCACAUCCACUUUCGAAUGAAGUUAAAACUCAACAAUUAUUCAUUGGCGUAGACAAUAUAUGAAUCAAUAUUUUUUUUUUACCAAUUAGUUAAUUAAUUACUGGUUAUUAAUUAUUUUGUUUUAUACCAACAAGGGAAACUAAUCUUUCAGUAAUCCCAGAUAUGGCUAAAUAUCUUGGGCUUUGUUCUCCCACACCCAUUCUCGGAUUAAAUUGAAAAAUUAAACAAUUAUUUAUUGCACCUAACAAAACAUGAAUCCAAUAAAAAAAAUAACCAACUAGUAAAUUAUUUAUUGGUAAUUAAUUAUUUUGUUUGAUAAAAUAACUUCUACAUAAUUGAGAGAUAUAAUUGUAAUUGCGGAGAUCUUUCUUAGGUAACCUUUGUUUUUUAUUGUUUUUUUUUUUUCAAAAAAGCAUUUUUUUUUAACAUUUUGCUAUUGUUAGCUUUUGUUCCUGUGAGUUGUAACUAUGAAAAUUGCAAACUAGUCAUAAUAAAAUAUGUUGAUCAUUUUAUUUGGUACAUUAUA